UCAGUCAGGAAGCACUGGAAGAUUUCACACAUUAGAGCGGGCUUUGUUCCAACAAGACAGGCCUGAGGGUUUUUUUUUUGUUUUUUUAAACAGAUGAAUGAAUAAGAGCCGAAGAGAGAGAGAGUGCAACAAGAGGAGAGAGAGAGAGAGAGAGAGUUAAAACGACCCGUGGAAGUGGGAGGUGGGAAAAGAGUUUCCUGUUGUUGGACAAGAUCAGUCAGGACAGAGCGAGCGAGCAGCCUGGAGAGACAGAAAGUCCAGCUAGACAGACAGACAGAGAGAGAGAGAGAGAGAGAGAGAAGAUGGGGUUCUCUAUGCUCCUGGUUGCCGUGUUGGCAUUGCCGUAUGUGUCCUUGGCCGAGGUCGAAGGAAACAGCACCGCACUCGCUCAGGAUAUUCAGAGCGAUGCGGGUGUGAGAGGCAGAGGAGACACUCCAGACAUCAUCGAGGAACCUGAACCCACGGCCGCCGACUCCGACUACGAGAGCAACUACAACUACUUGUUGUCCAGGCUCACGGCGGUGGAUCAGGCCAUCCAUAAGCUGAACGUGGGUCACUACACGCUGGACGUGAAGGUGAGUCAGCUGCUGGACAGGUUGCUGAGGCUGGAGGGCAAAGUGGCCGACGUCGAGGACUCCAUCCAUGACGUCUCCAACUUCUGCAAGGACAACCGCAGAGAAAUCGGACGUCUGGAAGGUUGCGUCAAGGGCCGGAAAGUUGGUCAGAAGUGCUUCCUAGUGUACCAUGUGUACGACACCUACGUUGGCGCUUCACAGAAAUGCCAGGAGCGCGGAGGACGCAUGGCAAUGCCGCGGGACCGGCGUGAACAAGAGGCUCUGGCGGAGUACGUGAAGCUGGCGUUACCCGGCAGUAACUGGCCCGUGUGGCUGGGCAUUAAUGACUUGCUCUCUGAGGGGCUUUACCUGUUCGACGACGGCACGCGGGUCACUUAUUUCCAGUGGAGGAAGCACUUCCUGUCCAGCCAGCCAGAUGGCGGGAAACGGGAGAACUGCGUCGCCAUGUCCUCCGACGAUGGAGACUGGUGGGAUAACUACUGCGAUCGCCGCAUGUACUACCUGUGCGAGUUUGAGGCUUGACCUGUAAUCGGGUUCGAGUCCAAAGUCUCCUAAGUUAUAUUUAAAGGGGCGGUGUGUAAUAUUUUUCCUGCCUUUCUUUACAAACAAUCAUCAACCAUCGGUUGGAAAGACAUACUUUCUUGUGAGUUGCAGAGCUGAGCAGGUGGGGGCGGAGCUUAUUUCAGGGCCAGAAAUAUGGAAUCCAAAACAGUGAAACACCAAACAGCAAAUUAAACACGCCACCCUCUCUCUCUCUCUCUCUUCAAUAAUUCACAACAAUGUAGCAAUAUUAUUUCCGCUAAAACACUCGACACACUGUACCUUUAGCUCUGAUGACGUCAUUAUUAUCAAACUACUUAGUGGCAUCGCAGCUUUAACUCUUUCCGUAAGAGUAGCUACUUCCUCGUUUGUUUACUCGCAAUUUGUCGCACACGGAGUUGACGGUAGAAAGAAAGCGUUCUUUGUUACGAAAAGAACACGAAAGCGGGUUUCCUGAUGACUCUGGAUGGAUUUGAAUAAAAUCUUUUUUUUAUUUAACUUGGAA